AUGGGCAAGAAAUCAAAGAAAAAGGGUAUCGAGAAAGCACAUAGAUCAUCGGCUUAUCCCAUAUUAGAGAUAAGCCACUCUAUUAGCGAUCCGCUAUUUGCCGCAGCAUUCCAUCCAUCAGCAAACAUAUUUGCAACAGGAACUGCCAAAGGCUACUUGAGACUUAUGAAGUAUGAUGCUAACAAGUUGGAGAAUGCAAUUGUUCAGCAAAAAGAGCCUGUUUCUUCAGGUGCAGAAGAGGAAUUACCUCCUUGGACAUCGAUUGGUGUCUACGGUGAAGAAGUAGACCUGGAUGACGUAAUUAAUGACGAUGUUCAGGUCUGCUGGAAGGCCAAUCAACAUAAAAAGAGCUGCAGGGAUAUAAAAUUCGAUUAUGAAGGAAAGCACAUUUAUACAGCCGGCCAUGAUGGUAUAUUAAAGAAAACAGAUGUGGAGACGGCUAAGGCAAUUGGUGAAACUUCAAUAGAGGAGGGUUCAUCGGCAAUAACAAGAAUUCUCACUGUUCCAAACAAGAACUUUCUUGUUGUUGGUGAUGAGGGCGGUGAUAUAACAUGCUACGACACAAAAAGUAUGAAGAAGAUUUAUCACAUAGCAAAAGUGCACGAUGAUACAGUGAACUGUAUCAACAGUUGCAUUCCCAAGUCGGACUAUAAAUUUGUGAGUGUUGGAUCAAUGACAGUAGCAAACUGGGAUAUCAGAAAGGAAAAGGUUCUACACAAAAGUGAGCAACAAGAUGACGAGUUAUUUUCCUCGUGCUGGGCAGAUCAAGAGACACAAAAAACACUAUUGGGAGGAAUGGCGGGUGGAAUAGUAACAUUAUGGAAGCCGUAUCUGAAUGAGUUUGAAGAUCAAAUCUCGAGGAUAAACAUAAAUAAGAACGAAUCUGUGCAGUCUGUUAUCAGUGCAAUGGAUUCUGCUUCUAGAUUUGCUUAUGCCGGUCUUUCCGACGGAAAAGCAGUUAAAUUGGAUGUGGAAAAUGGCCAAGUUAUUGAUUUCAGGAACCACAGUAAUGAUGGAACCGAUGAUGUGGAUGGCUUGGAUCUUGACUAUGAGUAUCGCUUGGUUACAUUCGGAAUGGACAAGUUGAAAAUAUGGACUAAUAAAUAUGACGAUCCAGAUUCAAGUGAGGAGGAGAAUCUAGACGGCGACUCGGAUUCAGAGUUUAAUAAUACAGGUAGUGAUGAGGAAUCGGAAAAUGGUUCUUCUAGUGACAAUGAAGAAGAGGUUCAAAAGGACAACAAAAGAGCUUUAGAGACGGACAAAAAAACUAAAAGCAAAAAUAAAAAGGCCAAGAAGAACGGCAAUCCUAGUAUUAGAAGAUUCGAGGGGUUAUGA